AUGAAAACAAGUGUUAUUCGUAAGCGACAGCUUCACUCUGGGACCUGGGACAAGUCCGUGAGAUGUCAAGGUGUUCCUCAUGGUGGAGAUGAACAAAAUGCCUUACUUAAUACCUGUUCCUUAGACCAGUUUCUGAAUGGCCUGCAUCAAAUAUGCAGGUCACUGCCAUUCAGAAAUCUUUUACAGGCAUUAGCAAAAGAAUUACCUUCUGUUUACGGGAAUCUGUGGAAUGCCAUCAAACUGUGUAGUGACGGGCUAUUUUCUGAUGCCAAGUUAAAGCUUGUACCAAAUGUACAUGAUAUGAGAAGCAGAGAAGGACCAAGAGUGAUGCCACUGAUCAAGAACCAGCUGCCUUAUAGGAUUACAAAAACAUGCACAACAUGUAAACGUUGUUCUGAGUCGGCACAUAUUCCGGACAUCAUUCUUUCUGAAUUUAGUCGUUCAACAGGAUUCCAGGGAGCCCUGACACCCUUCUUUGCACCCCCAGAUCUGCAAUGCAGUCAGCCAGGGUGUGAUGGUCAGACAAAGAUCGAGCUAAAGUUUGAAAAUGACUAUCCUCCUCUAAUCAUCGCCGCAGAUUUGCAGGAUCUUCAUAAGCGGAUACCCAAUAGCCAUCUAAGUAAGGUGGUAGACCUGUUUGGACAAAGAUAUAUGCCUUUCCUGCUGACGAUUGCUAAACAUCCGGCCAAGUUGGAGAAUGGAUCAGGCAUUCCUGGACACUACAUGUCAUAUGUCUUCAUGCCAGCUGAUAGUGGCCAAUUUGACGAAGAGGGGAAACCAGUAGGAAACUGGUAUCGGUUUCUCAACAAUGAAAAUGGAGACCUUGAGCCUUGGAGUUUUGACCAGGAUGACCCUGAUGAAACAUUUCCCAGUUUUAUCUACUUCAUUUGGAUUCCCCCAUCCAAAUUUAGAGUGGAUACUUCUGGUUAGAGAGAGGACAGACUAGAUAAUGAGGAAAAUAUUAAUGAGGAAUAGACUGGCUUCAGGAAAUCAUGCUGUUACCACUUUCAAAAACUGGAUGAAACAACAAUACAGUGUAAGCUGGUCAUGCUUGGAGGAUUAAUGUUCUACGAUUACCAUGUCAGGAAAUGUUAAUGAAAACAGACCACUUAAGACAUAUAGAGGCGAAACUAGUCGGCAAAUAAAGUAUAAAUAACUGACUUACCUGGUGACAGUUGUCCUUAUAUGAACUAAACUACAAAAGUUUAUAUUUUAAGUAAAUAUAUAUUCAUGUAUAGACUCAUGAAUACUUCAUCGCCUUCAUGUUUGGAAAAGUGUUAUCAUAGUGCUAAAGAAUUUGAAUUUUUUUUUUCGGGGCAUUAGAUUACUAAUAAUACUUUGUACAUCGACUAAUUUCCUUAAGAAAAUAGUCGAUAUAACCUCAGGAAUCA